AUAUGGUAAUACGAAGGAAGUAAAUAUUGGCUAGGUAGUGGCAUUCAAAUUAAGUUGCCCUGCAUUCGCUAACGUUAGCAAGCUAAGUAGCACCUGUUAAAGCUAACGCUACUGGUGACUCGUUUGACAGCGCGCCCUCGGGAGGCCUGUAAAAGUUUGUUCUCAUGGCAGAAAUUAACACCAAUUAUUCACCCAUUUAAUUAAUGACCAUUAAUCUAAGCAUUGGGAAAACUUUCACACAAUUGAUUUGAAUGAGAUCAUGUGCAGGGAUAUUUAUUGUGUUGCAUCACCAUCGCCACCCUCACCUACUGUGUUCACAGACGAGGGUGACAGUGUUUCUGAAUUAUGUUUUAGCAGUAGUACUAACUAAUUGGUACCAAAUUGUGAAAUUAAAAUGUAGUUAAUUUUUUUUCUGUCUGGGGAAUUUAUAUUGUUACAGAGCUGCGCCACACCAAUUGGUUAACGUUGACCAAAUGCAAUUUGAUUGGUCAACAGCUAUACAUUAAGUAACUGUGUAUUUGGGCCUUUGUCACUAAAAUUGCUUUGACAUUUGAAAACGGUCUGUUUUGUAGGCCUGGCCCAAACUUGUGUACUCUGUCACCUCUGGCUGCAUCGCAAAUGGCCUAAAACAUACUGUUGAGGUGCGAACUUGUUAAGCACAUUUGUAUUCCUGAACUUAUUUAGUCUUGCCAUAACAGUGGUUGAGUACUUAUUGACUCAAGACAUUUCAGCUUUCUUUUUAAAUUACAUUUGUAAAAAUGUCAAAAAACAUAAUUCCACUUUGACAUUAUGGAGUAUUGUGUAAGAAAACUUUAUUUCUCUCCAACUUUGUGCACACAUUUGUUUACAUUCCUGUUAGUGAGCAUGUUUUUCUUUGCUAAAAUAAUCCACCCACCUGACUGGUGUGGCAUAUCAAUAAGAUGAUUAAAAAGCAUGAUCAUUACACAGGUGCACAUUGUGCUGGGGACAAAAGGCCACUCUAAAAUGUGCAAGUUUUGUCACACCAUACAAUGCCAAAGAUGUCUUAAGUUGAGGGAGUGUGUAAUUGGCAUCCUGACUGCAGGAAUGUCCAUCAGAGCUGUUGCCAGAGAAUUUAAUUUGAAUUUCUCUGCCGUAAGCACAAGAAGUUCUGUUUUAGAGAAUUUGGCAGUAUGUCCAACCGGCCUCAACCGCAGAUGGCGUUGUGUGGGCGAGCAGUUUGCUGACGUUAACGUUGUGAACAGAGUGCCCUAUGGUGGCGAUGGGGUUAUGGUAUGGGCAGGCAUAAGUUACGGACAACAAACACAAUUACAUUUUAUCGAUGGCCAUUUGAAUGCACAGAGAUCCUGUGACAAUCCUGAGGCCAAUUGUCGUGCCAUUCAUCCACUGCCAUCACCUCAUGUUUCAGCAUAAUAAUAUACGGCCCCCUGUCGCAAGGAUCUGUAAUCAAUUCCUGGAAGCUGAAAAUGCCCCAGUUCUUCUAUGACCUGCAUACUUACCAGACAUGUCACCUGUUGAGCAUGUUUGGGAUGCUCUAGAUCAAGGUGUACGACGGCCUGUUCCAGUUCCUACCAAUAUCCAGCAACUUCACACACGCCAUUGAAGAGGAGUGGGACAACAUUCCACAAUCAACAGCCUGAUCAACUCAAUGCGACAGAGAUGUCGUGCUGCAUGAGGCAAAUGGUGGUCACACCAGAUACUGACCAGUUUUCUGAUCCACACCCUACUACCCUUUUUUAAGUGUACACUAUAUAUACAAAAGUAUGUGGACACCCCUUUAAAUUAGUGGAUUUUGCUAAUUCAGCCACAACUGUUUGGUGAAGGAGGAAUAAUGGUCUGGAGCUGUUUUCAUGGUUUGGGCUAGGCUCCUUAGUUCCAGUAAAGGGAAAUAUUAACCCAACAGCAUACAAUGCUGUUCUAAAUGAUUCUGUGCUUCCAACUUUGUGGCAACAGCUUGGGGAAGGCCUUUCCUGUUUCAGCAUCACAAUGCCCCUGUGCACAAAGCGAGGUCCAUACAGAAAUAGUUUGUAGAGAUCGGUGUGGAAGAACUUGACUGGCCUGCACAGAGCCCUGACCUCAACCCCAUCGAACACAUUUUGGAUGAAUUGGAACGCCGACUCUGAGCCAGACCUAAUUGCCCAACAUCAGUGCCCAACCUCACUAAUGCUCUUGUGGCUGAAUGGAAGCAAGUCCACACAGCAAUGUUCCAACAUCUAAUGGAAAGCCUUCCCAGAAGAAUGGAGGCUGUUAUAGCAGCAACUGGGGGGACCAACUCCAUAUUAAUGCCCUUGAUUUUGGAAUGAGAUGUUUGACGAGCAGGUGCCCACAUACUUUGGUCAUGUAGUGUUUCUGUGACCAACAGAUGCAUAUCUGUAUUCCCAGUUGUGAAAUUCAUAGAUUAGGGUCUAAUCAUUUUAUUUAAAUGAACUGUUUUCUUUAUAUGAACUAUAACUUGGUAAAAUUGUUGAAUUUGUUGUAUGUUGCAUUUUAUAUUUUUGUGUGUGAUAUAUAUAUAUAUAUAUAAUCUAUAUGCAUACAUACACAGUACUAGGCAAAGUUUGGACACACCUACUCAUUCAAGGGUUUUUCUUAAUUCUUACUAUUUUCUACAUUGUAUAAUAAUAGUGAAGACAUCCAAACUAGGAAAAAACACAUGGAAUCAUGUCGUAACCAAAGAAGUGUUAAACAAAUCAAAAUAUAUUUUAUAUUUGAGAUUCUUCAAAGUAGCCACCCUUUGCCUUUGACAGCUUUGCAUACUCUUGGCAUUCUCUCAACCAGCUUCAUGACAGAGUGAUCUCCAGCCUUGUCCUCGUCAACACUCACACCUGUGUUAACGACAGAAUCACUGACAUGACAUGAUGUCAGCUGGUCCUUUUGUGGCAGGGCUGAAAUGCAGUGGAAAUGCUUUUUGGGGAUUCAGUUCAUUUGCAUGGCAAAGAGGGACUUUGCAAUUAAUCUGAUCACUCUUCAUAACAUUCUGGAGUUUUUGCAAAAAAAAGGUUGCUUAUAAAAUGACCUGCUGGACAAAAAAGUUAAAUAUCAACUUAUUGACAUUUUGUACACUUUGACAUUUUCAGACACACUUCUCCCAUUCAUUCACCUACUAUAUGUUUCAUGCAUGUUUAUAACACACAGAUCCACACAUUCACAUUGUAUACAGUUUUCUUUAAAAAAAGCAGAUAUUUUAUUCAACUCCGUAUGUGAAUGUUAAGGAGUUUUGUUUUUUUGCGCAAUACACGACGUAGGCCCACUGAUUUUCCAUUUAAAUAUUAAUUGUGUCUCAUCACUAAAGCCUUUAUGACGGGUCGCUCAACGUUUUCAUUGUAGAUUUUGGACCGGGUUUUUGCCAUUUUCAAUUAUAUAAUAAUGGUUACUGAUUGACUGGGCAGUUUGCUCCCUGUGUGUUUGUAAAUUGGUGGCUGUAAAUUAGUUAUGUCGCAAUAAAGCCUGCAGGCAUUAGUCUCAGCUGACAUUGACUCAAGAAUGGUCUGUACAGUUAUGGGGCAUUAGAGUUGAGGAGCAAGUACUCAGUUCACUAUGGGAGAAGUGAGCUGAAAUACCAUCUUGCUGCUUCUCAAUGCAGCCUAAAAUCUCUGCAUUUAUGGUGCUACUUGCCAGGAGUCUUAGCUUUUGUACGUUGGGUUUUAAGACCCCUUACACAGGUGUGGAUCAUGGCAAUGGACUGUAUAGGAUCCAGCGAUGCCUUCAAACUGGGGAUUUUAGGAAGCAUCGUUAGGAGGUCCCUGGAUGCCCCGCGGCACUCGGUCCUCGCCCACCCGCGCACGGCGCCCCCCGAUGGCCGGCAGCUGACCCCGCCCCCCAGGAUGACGGUGAGAGAGCGGCUGCGGGAGAAGAUCUCGGCGGCGUUCUACCGCCACGGGCUGCUGUGCGCAUCCUAUCCGGUGCCCAUCAUCCUCUUCACCUCCGCCAGUAUCCUCGCCUGCUGUUACCCCCUGCUGCGGCUGCCUCUGCCGGGAACCGGGCCGGUGGAAUUCACCACACGGGUCCGAGAUUACACCGUCCCUUCCCAUGAGCCCCAGGGAGACCUCGGCGAGAGGCCUGACUGGUAUCGGGGUCCUCCGGUGGCCUACAUCCAGCCGGUCCUGGUGAAGGCAGCUGUGUCUCCCUGGGACAGUACGCUGGUCCCUGUGGACGUGUUCCGCUCCCCACUGGGCCGCGUAUUCAGCCUGCUGGAGGAGAUCCGCAACCAUGUACACAACGACGGUUCUGGGGUCAGGAGCUUAGAGGCGCUCUGCCUGCAGGUGACGGACCUGUUGCCGGGGUUACGGCGUAUGCAGAGAGUGCUGCCGGAGCACGGUUGUCUGCUGGUCUCCCCCGGCAACUACUGGCAGAACCAGCGGGAGCUGUUUGACUCUGACCCCGACCUGCUGAAGACCGUCCACCAGCACGAACCCAAAGGACUGCACACCUCCGCCACACUGAGAGACCUGCUGUUUGGCGUCCCGGUGAAACACACAGGGGUGAGUCUGUACAGCAGGAAGAGGGUGGUCACCUACACCAUCACCAUGGUCCUGGGCAGCUACGACGCCAGGUUCCUGUCUAGCCUGCGGGCACGUCUCCGCCAGCUGCACCCCUCGGUGAACUGCAGCCUACGCGAGGACCACAUGGUGCACGUGCACUUCAAGGAGGAGAUAGGCAUGGCCGAGCUCAUCCCUCUGGUCACCACCUACAUCAUACUGUUUGCCUACAUCUACUUCUCCACACGUAAGAUUGACAUGGUGAAGUCAAAAUGGGGCUUGGCGCUGGCUGCCGUGGUAACAGUGCUCAGCUCUCUGCUUAUGUCUGUGGGGCUCUGCACCCUGUUCGGCCUGACGCCCACACUCAAUGGAGGUGAGAUCUUCCCCUAUCUGGUGGUGGUGAUAGGGCUGGAGAACGUCCUGGUUCUCACCAAGUCUGUGGUGUCCACCCCUGUUGACCUGGAGGUCAAACUACGCAUCGCUCAGGGCCUUAGUAAUGAGAGCUGGUCUAUCAUGAAGAACAUGGCCACAGAGCUGUGCAUCAUCCUCAUAGGAUAUUUCACCCUGGUGCCUGCUAUCCAGGAGUUCUGUCUGUUUGCUGUGGUGGGACUGGUGUCUGACUUCUUCCUUCAGAUGUUUUUCUUCACCACAGUUCUUUCCAUUGACAUCCGACGCAUGGAGUUGGCCGAUCUGAACCGCCGUCUUCCGGCCGAGGCGGGAAUGCCCCUUCCCAAACCGGGCCCCCUGCGCCCUCGGGAGGCGCCUCCUCCCCCACGGCCCUCGCCCCACACCAUCACCCUGCAGACGCCCACCUUCAGGAACCUGUGCCUGCCCAAGAGGCUCCGUGUGGUCUACUUCCUGGCCCGCACGCGUCUGGCCCAGCGCUUCAUCAUGGUGGGUACAGUGAUCUGGAUUGGCAUCCUGGCCUACACGGACCCCGCUGGCCUCCGUACCUACCUGGCAGCCCAGGUGUCUGAGCAGAGCCCCCUGGGGCAGGGCGGGGCCGGGGGUCUGCCCCCGCACCUGGGAGUAGCCCCGGUCUUCCCUGGACCAGGAGGGGACCCCGCCGACACCCUCAGUGUCCUCCCCGCCCCCGCUGAACCUACCCCGCUUCCAGAGAACCAGUCCCAGGGCCACCACGGGGCCCCCGGGGAAGGAGUACCCCUGGUGCCCCAGAUUAGCUGGGGGGCGGAGGAUGAGGAGGGCUGGAGGAGGCUGUCUUUCAGACACUGGCCCUCGCUCUUCAGCUACUAUAAUAUUACUCUGGCCAAGAGAUACAUCAGCAUCCUGCCUGUCAUCCCCAUCACACUCCACCUGAGCCCCCGGGAGGCCAUCGAGACACGUCACCCCCAGGACACACGCCACCCCCCGCCGCCCAGCCUCAAAACUAAUGACCUGCCCGCAGACCUCACGCUCUACAAGGUAGCAGCUCUGGGCCUGGCGGCAGGGGUUCUGCUGGUGCUGCUGCUCUUCUGUCUCUACCGGGUCCUCUGUUCCCGCAACUACGGCCAGAACGGCGUGGCCCACGGACGCCGUCGUCGCGGUGACCUGCCCUGCGACGACUACGGCUACUCGCCACCCAUCAGCGAGAUCUCCCCCCUGCUGCUGUGUGGACACAGCAUGGAUAUAGAGUGUCUGGCGAGUGACGGCAUGCUGUUGGCCAGUUGUUGUCUGGCAGGACAGAUCCGUGUGUGGGACACUCAGACUGGAGACUGCCUCACCGUCAUUCCUAAACAUGGGCUGCGGCGGAGUAGCAGCAGUGGCUGCUGGGAGCAGCGGGAUGGUUGGGACGCUGUGGGUGUGGCCGAACCUGAAAAUCUGGGGUGCGGGACAGAACCAGGGGGCGGGGUUUUCGACGAGGACGAGGGCUACCCCCUCAGGCGGCGGACCACCCCACGUCCUGCCCUCUUUGAGAACCAACCCGACCUCACCCCCCUCAUCGACACCAACUUCGACUCCCAGCCCCCCUCCCACCUCCUCCUCACCCCGCCCAGGGAUGGCUUUGACUUCGGGGGGCUGGUGGAGAAGGCCUACCUGGAGCACGAGCCUCCCUCGCCGGGCCUCACUGCCUCAUACCCCUCACCCCUGUCGGGACCCCCUCCCCAGAGGAGACGCAGCCUGGGGUACAUCCAGCCCCCUGCUCCACAGGGCCAGGAAACCCCGGACUGGGAAAGCGCCGUGUGGGCCAUGGAGCUCCGGGGGAACCUCAUCGCUGCUGGGAGGAGCAACGGCAAACUAGAGCUGUGGGAUGCAGUGGAGGGCUCGUUACGCUGCAGUAAUGAAGACGGCGUCUCGGGGAUCACGGCCCUGGCCUUCCUCAACAACAGGAUCGUGGCGGCCAGACUCGACGGAUCUCUAGACUUCUUCACUGUUGACAUCAACAAGCCUCUGGGCUUACUGCAGUACAGAGGUCCCCCCGGGCGUAGUAACAUGCCGCCCUCGCCCUGCUACAGCAGUGAGGAUGUGAUCUCAUGCCAGCUGACGCGCUCGGUGCAGUGUGCCCACCAGAAACCCAUCACGGUGCUGCGAGCCGCUGCCGGCAGAGUGGUCACGGGCAGCCAGGACCACACUGUCAGGGUGUAUCGUCUGGAGGACUCAUGCUGUCUCUUCACGCUCCAGGGCCACUCUGGUGGAAUCACUGCCAUCUACAUAGACCAGACCAUGGUUCUGGCCAGUGGGGGGCAGGACGGAGCAAUCUGUCUGUGGGAUGUGCUGACGGGCAGCCGGGUGAGCCAAGUGUACGGUCACCGCGGCGACGUGACUUCACUGGUGUGCACCACAUCGUGCGUGAUCAGCAGCGGCCUCGACGACCUCAUCUGCAUCUGGGACCGCAGCACGGGCAUCAAGCUCUACUCCAUACAGCAGGAGGUGGGCUGCGGUGCCAGUCUGGGGGUGAUCUCUGAGUCUCUCCUGGUGACAGGGGGCCAGGGCUGUGUGUCCUUCUGGGACCUGAACUUUGGGGACCUCCUCCAGACGGUCUACCUGGGCCAGAGCAGCGACGGCCAGGGGGUCCGCCAGCUCGUGGUGCUGAACAACGCCGCCAUCGUCUGCGACUUUGGCUCCGAGCUCAGCCUGGUCUACGUACCCGCGGUGCUGGAGAAGCUGGACUGAGCAGAAGCAGAACUAGGACAGGCGCCACACAGUGGCCUGGAGAAGUAGACAAAAUGGUCAGUACUGACAAUGGGGAUAUAUGCAAACUCAACUCAUUCUGGCCCUACACUAUGCUGCAGUUGGACAAUCUCCUUGGAAAGAGUUGUGGCUCAUUCAGAUCGUUAGCGCUUCACAUGAUUUAGCUGGCAGGGCAUUUCUAUAGCAAUACAUCGCCUUUUUUAUGAAGCUAAUGUCUGGUUGGAGAGACAGAUGUACAGACAGACUUACAAGUGGUCAACCUGCCACAGGGUGAGGUCUGUCUGACCAGAAAGAUGACCUUUGGCCUUGUUACUAGCUUGUAUCCAAGCAUUGGAUGGUUUGGGGUACACACACCCCAAGGGGGUUCCCAUCCAACAAUCAGACUGUCACUGCACACUAUGCUGCUGUCAUUGGCGGAGUGUUUGAUACCACGCCAGCCAAUCAAUGUAGUGCAGCUGUAGCAGGCUCAUGUCAUGAAGUCUGAGGGCUGCUGGGCUAAGCAAAGCAGUUAUUAGCAUGUGUGUGUUUUGUGUCCUGGGGAAGAAACAGUCCUGUUUUAUGGUGAAAACAUUGCUGACAAAAAUCCAUUAUUGUGUGUGUGUGUGGGAGAGAGAACUGGAUACGAUUACUGUAAUGAAAUGCACCUUGAGAGGGGGUUGUUUUUUAUGUUUAAAUCUAUUUAUUAGUGAUACAUUUUUAAGUAACAAUUUGAGGUGUGCAUAAUAUAAUGUGGAGAUGUCAUAAAUGUAGGGUUAGAUGUAUUUUUUUUAACAUUGGUUAUAAUGAGAUUAAGAUUUGUAAUAAUAUUUUGGAACUGAAAACACUUGCGUUGGGGAUUGAGGGGGAGAGGUUCCUUGCCUUACCCCAGCAUCAAGCUCUGAUUUUAGGGCUACUGUUGCUGCAAGAGGACCCAUCUGGCCCCUAAGAGCCCCUUAAACUGUAAAACGCUCUAUACUUUCUGCUUGAAUUUGAGAUGUGCAUCUGAAGGUGUGGCAGCUCUACAUUGGCUGCUCUCUCCCAUGUUGACUGUGCCCAGGAGAAAUGUCAGAUCUUUUCAGAUUGUGACUAUAUUCAAUUGCACGGUUUUAUGUUAGUAACAUUGUCAUUCUACCUUUUGUACGUCUUCUCUGACUAAAGGUUCCAUUGAGGAAAUCACGUUACUUUUUUAAAUACCUAAAAUGGCUUCCUCUUGAAAAAAAAUCUUAUCUUCUCUGUCCGCUAUGUUUUUCCUAAUUCACUGAAAAGGUGUCUUUUCUUUCGGUCUUAUCUCUGUAAUUCUCUGCUUGUGAGUUUGAGAACCCUAUCAGGUAUAAAAGGAGAGGAUGGGUAGUGUACCAGUAAUGUGGUUAACUCCACCUUGUCUUUUCAUGUGAGCAAAGGAGUCAGCGAGGGCCUCAGACGAGGAAUAUGAUGGUACCCUCUAGGUUGGAGCCUCUCUACUAAUAACUCAACCUUUCUCCCAGCCCGUUACCUCUGAGUGACUGUAGCGCGAGCCUGCAGACACACGCAAUGCAGAGAGAGCGUAGUGGACUUGACCGUAGACGUUAGCCUACUUGGUUACUUACACCCAUAGCUGAAUGUAGAUGCUUGAUAUUGAAAAGCAAAUCCACUCAACUUCAACCAACAGAAAUAUAACACUAACUUGUGCACUAACUCUUAACCCUCUCAAAUGCACAUGCUCACACACACUAGGCACUUUUGUAACAAUGUAUAGAAAGACAUUCAGAAAGCAUAAAAACGCACACAUCAGACUUGUGAAUGUACGGGUGGACAGCUUUAGUCCUCAAGUGUUGCGUUGUCGGCUGGUUUAUGAUGAAUUGAAGAGAAACGAAAACCCAGACACACGCCAUCCCAGAAGAACUGGAGUUGUGCACCCGUAUAUAAUGGUUCUAAUUUAUUUCCUUUUUUAAUGUAAAUAGGUAAAUGCUUUAGAGCGUGUCGAUUCACUUAUCAUUGUAAGGAUAUAGACUGUUGCCUGAGUUAAAUAUGGUUGUGUUCCGAGUCCUUUUAAGCUGCCUUUCCUUAUCUCCUUGCUUGCAAAUAAUGAUACGAUAGUUAUUUGACACCCACACACACACUGUCACAAUAUGUGGCCUAUGCAGGAAUGAAACCUCAUCACUCUGGUGCUGCGAGCACUAUGCUCCCAACAACAUUGGAAUGUUUAUGGAACAGGAGUUUCUACAUUUGUUUUACAGCGUUCUGCCACUGUAGUGAUGAAAGGAGAUGAGAAGGGAAGCAUUUAAGAUAAUUGGAACACAGCCCAUGUCCCCUUGAUCUGACCCUUUUGGUCCUACAAAAUAGUUGAGGGAGGGAGGGAGGGGCAGAAAGAAACCGGUGUAAAUAUUGUUUUUGUGGAAUCAUAGGCCUGUUCUGCCCCCCUCCUGAACCCCCUCCCUUCGGUUGGCUAGGGUGCCACAGACUGUAGUGGCGGUAGCAAAUGUUCUGGACUAUUUUUAACACAGGAGCAAAACUUUGUACUAAUUUCCAAAUAAAGAGUCUUUGAUACCUUG